AUGUCUAGUCAAGGUCUGGUCUUAGGUCUCCCGCGUGUCUUGCCGUCGCUGCCGCCGUCCCUUGCACCACCGUGCGGUCCUUGCGUCGAGGGUCGGCUGCGCGCCACCCCUCACUCCUCCUCCCUUCGUCCGGCCACCGAGCCGUUUGAGACGCUUCACUUGGACGUCUGGGGCCCCGCCUCUCGCCUUGGCCCUGAGCGUGAGCGUUUCUUUCUGGUGGUCAUUGACGACUACUCCCGCUACACCACGGUGUUCCCCCUGGCAAAGAAGUCUGAGGUGACUUCUACGCUGAUCAGGUGGUUGCUCACCACCGCGGACACUCGUGGUCGUCGUGUCAGCUGUCUUCACUCCGACCGCGGGGGUGAGUUUCGCUCCGGCAUUCUCGCUGGAUUCUGUCGCGAGCAGGGCAUUCGUCAGUCCUGGACGCUUCCAGAGUCCCCACAGCAGAAUGGGGUUGCUGAGCGCCGCAUAGGCUUGGUCAUGGAGAUUGCCCGCACCUCCCUGACUCACGCCCGUGCCCCCCAUUUUCUGUGGCCUUACGCGGUUCGGUACGCCGCGCACCAGCUGAACCUCUGGCCAUGCGUCUCUCGGCCAGAGGCUUCGCCGACCAGUCUUUGGACCGGGUCCCCUGGUGUUGCGUCGCGGUUUCGUGUCUGGGGUUGCUUGGCUCUUGUCCGCGACACCUCUGCGGACAAGCUCUCGCCUCGCGCCGUUCCUUGUGUCUUCCUUGGUUUCCCUGAGGACUCCUCUGACUUCACCUUUUACCACCCUCCCUCUCACCGGUUCUUUGACUCCCGUGACGUCCGUUUUGAGGAGUCCACCCCGUACUACGUCAGGUACCCCAGUCGAGGUCUCCCGGUUCCUCCUCCCCCUCUCUUCCUGACUGCCGCUCCCCCUCCUGCUCCCCCGGUACAGCCUCCCCCCCCUGGUCCAGCCCCGUCAGGUGCUAGCUCUCGAGAGGUUGGUGCUGAGCCUGUUCCUGUACCGGUUUCUGGUUCUGGGGGUGCUGGAGUUGGAGCUGAGCCGGUGGGUGCAGAGGACUCUUGUCUUCCGGGAGCUGGUGCUGGUCGCGCGGACACUGGGGGUGCUCCGUCUGGGGGUGAGGGUGCGCCUCCUUCGGGUUCUGGUGAGCCUGGGUCUGGAGCUGGUGUUGGUGCUGCCUCUGGGGGUGGUGCGCCUGGUGCUUCGGAGGUGGACUCUGGGGCUGCCGCUGCCCCGGACACUACUCCGCCCCCCCACCCCUACCCGACUAGGCACCAGGCUCUUACAGCGGCUGGAGGAGCAGCAGCAGCAGCUGGAGCCGCAGGAGCAGCAGCAGCAGCAGCAGCAGCAGCAGCAGCUGGAGCCGCAGGAGCAGCAGUCACAGCAGCAGCUGGAGCCGUAGGAGCAGCGGUCACAGCAGCAGCCGCAGCCGCAGCAGCAGCAGCACCAGCCGCAGCAGCAGCAGCAGCAGCCACUUCCUCCUCCUGUCUCGGGUCUUCGGACCCUUGGUCUCCCCUCUCGCUCUCCUCCCUCCUCCCCCUCUCCUCCUGUCUACGUCCGCCUCGUUCGGCUCCUCCUGUGCUUCCUUCUCCUCCUGAGUCGGCCCUCACAGCUUCUCUCUCUACCCCUGUCACUGACUACUACCGCACGUACCGUCCUGUUCUCUCUCGUGUUCUCGCCUCUCUUGUUACCCACCCUCGUGCCUCUUUGUCCUCUGUCUCCGCUCUUACUGCCGCGGUCACUGAGUUUGCCUCUACUCGCCGCCUUGACUACGCCACCACUCUUGUGGCUGCUCCUCCUACCAGUCCUCUGGCCGUCGGGGGUGUGUCUGCCCUUGGCUGUGACGUCCUAGAGGACAGGCAGUUUGAGCUAGAGUUCCUGGCAGCCGCUUCCCCUCAUCUCUGUGCCAUGCUCCUCACCCCUGAGGGUGACCCCGACGCCCUUGACAUUCCGACUCCUCGCACUUACGCUGAGGCAGUGUCAGGGCCUUGGGCCUCUCAGUGGAGAGCUGCCAUGGACGCAGAGAUGGCCUCCUACAGAUCCACAGGCACCUACGUCGAUGAGGUUCCUCCCCCUGGGACGAACGUAGUCGAUGGCAUGUGGAUCUACAGGGUGAAGCGGCCACCGGGAUCUCCUCCGGUCUUCAAGGCGCGCUACGUUGCUAGAGGCUUCAGUCAGCGCGAGGGAGUUGACUUCUUUCAGACCUUCGCGCCGACCCCGAAGAUGACCACUCUUCGGGUGUUACUACACGUAGCAGCACAGAGAGACUACGAGUUACACUCUCUCGACUUCUCCACUGCUUUUCUUCAGGGCAACCUACAUGAGGAGGUCUGGCUGCGUCGUCCCUCUGCCUUCACUGGCACUUUCCCUCCUGGGACCCAGUGGAGGCUGAGGCGACCUGUCUACAGUCUUUGCCAGGCCCCUCGUGAGUGGCACGACACUCUCCGCUCUACCCUCUCUGACGUUGCGUUCCAGCCGUCUUCUGCCGACCCGUCGCUGUUUGUUCGCCGUGGCUCCACACCGUUCUUCGUUCUGGUCUACGUCGACGACCUCGUUUUCGCCACUGCUGACAGGGUUGCAAAUAUACUAAGUAGUAGGGCCUAG